GGAAACGUCUCCUGUGUGAACCGUUGAGGCUGUUAGAUCGUCCUGGGGUCCCGUUCACAGCUGACUUGUCUCCUCUGUUGUCCCUGCUCUGCAAAGCUAAAAGACUUUGAAGAUGAGGAUGUGGAUCGUCUUCCUCCUGUGCCUGGCUGGCCACGCCAUGGCUGCUCCUACUGAGGAGGUGCCCAUCUUGGAAGAGCUGGUAACUGAGGAGCCAGUUGUUGAGGAGCCCGAGGUGGGGGCCAACCCGGUGCAGAUUGAGAUCGGAGAGUUCGAUGAGGCCAUCGAGAUUGUUGAAGAAGAAGAAGUUCUUACUGAGAAUCCCUGCCUGAACCACCACUGCAAGAAGGGCAAAGUGUGUGAGGUCGACGAGAGCAACCUCCCCAUGUGUGUGUGCCAGGACCCCUCCACCUGCCCGGCUGCCGAGGGAGAGUUCGAGCACGUUUGCGGCACCGACAACAAGACCUUCGACACCUCCUGCCACUUCUUCGCCACCAAGUGCGCCCUGGAGGGAACCAAGAAGGGCCACAAGCUGCACCUGGACUACAUCGGACCCUGCAAAUACAUCGAGCCCUGCAUGGACUCCGAGCUGAGCGAGUUCCCCCUCCGUAUGAGGGACUGGCUGAAGAACGUCCUGGUGACUCUGUACGAGCGCGACGAGGACAACAACCUGCUCAACGAGAAGCAGAAGCUCAGGGUGAAGAAGAUCUUUGAGAAUGAGAAGAGGCUGCAGGCUGGCGAGCACUCUCUGGACCUGCUGGCUCACGACUUCGAGAAGAACUACAACAUGUACAUCUUCCCCGUCCACUGGCAGUUCGGCCAGCUGGACCAGCACCCCGUCGACGGGUACCUGACCCACACAGAGCUCUCCCCCCUGCGCGCCCCUCUCAUUCCCAUGGAGCAUUGCACCAGCCGCUUCUUCGAGCAGUGCGACGCCGACAACGACAAAUACAUCGCCCUGGAGGAGUGGGCCAACUGCUUCGGCAUCAAAGAGCAGGAUGUGGACAACGACCUCAUCGUCUAAGCUGCCAGCAGUCUGACUCCGAGUCGUUACUAACGGGACGAGGUGCUGAUCCCUAAGUUAAACAAAUAAAUCACAGUAACGGUGCUAAUUGCAAAUUCCUUUUUUUAUUUUGUUUUUAAAUAAUGACCUUUCCUGCAUAUACCACUAAAAAAAAAAAAAGAUUACAAACAGAGAAAUGUGCACAGUCUGUACUAACCAUCUUUGAAUUCUCUUGUUUGUUGAACAAAACACCCAGUAAAGAAAACUAAAGACCUCUGAUGUAAAUGUAUGUUGUUGACAAUAGUAUAUAUGUGUUAUGGAUUAUGGAUUUGUUCAGGGCUUCAAUUUGAGAUCAAUUUGAGACAAAACUGUAAAGUCAAAAAAAUAAAGUUUCUAAAUAAAUGCUCCCUCUGCUUGCUUUCUACACAA